GCCGCGCGCCCCCGGUGAUACCUGAUAAGACGCGCCACACUCUAGUGAACGCCUGUGCCUAAGUCACAUACAUCCUGGUCUCGUAUUACCAGCGGCUAAUUUAAUAACGUUUGCCACUUGACCUCGGCGCUAGGUUGUUGUGAUCGCGGCAUUGCACUGGACGCAAACUAUGUCAGGGACAUCGGGUAGAACGUCCCUUUCACAGCCACCUCCAGCGAAAACUAUUGUUGUUUACCGGAAUGGGGACGCUUUCUUUCCAGGGAGGAAGUUUGUACUCAACCAGCGCCAGAUGUCAACCUUCGACAGCUUUCUGAGCUUAGUCACUAACGGCGUCGAGGCUCCUUUCGGAGCGGUGAGAAACGUGUACACCCCUCGGGAGGGGCACAAAAUUCUUGAUUUACAGAAUCUGCAGCAUGGGGAGAGAUAUGUUGCAGCCGGAGCAGAGCGUUUCAAAAAACUCGAUUAUUUUCAGAUUACAACGAAGAAACCACAACGAAAGAAGAAUCUGAUGAUACGACCCGUGGUUCACAGCAGAAUAAUUGUUUCUGCGCGCUGGAGAAAAAUUAUUCAUGAGUCAUGCACUAUCCACGUCUUCACCAACGGGGACGUGCUGGUUCCCCCAGCUCGCGUACUGAUUCCCAGGUACACUCUGAGAAGCUGGGAUGGCAUUCUGGCCCUGGUGACUCAGAAGGUUCACCUGCGCACCGGGGCUGUGUACAGGAUCUGCACAUUGAAAGGGACUCCCCUACUGGGCUCCGCCGAGCUGGAAAAUGGCCAGUAUUAUGUCGCCGUGGGUACGGAGAGAUUCCGUUUCCUGCCGUACUUCCACUGGGUUCCCACCAGGGAGGUUAUCCGUGACAACAGGCAGGGAGUCCUGAGUGAUUCUCUCCCGCCAUUAAGGAAGAGCAAACAUGCGAAAGAAAUGUCUCCAGAGUUCAGAGUGCGGUCUCUGGGAGAUGAGGUGGAGAACCCUGCCAGGGGGAACCUGAAAAAACACGCGGAUUCCUACUUCCAUGCCAAGCCGGAAAGAGAGAGACCACACAAACAGGCCUCCGCAGUCCCACAUCUGCUGACAGCGGGGGAGGGCGGUGUGUUCAGAGCCAAAGGCAGGAGGAAGGAAAUGGCGGGAGCGACAGAAGUACAAGAAGACAGAGGGAUGAAGGCCGACUUGCCCAUUGAUCAGACUGAAGCCAAGGUCAUUGAAGAGGAGCAAUGCAAUCACAGCAAGAUUCACACCAGAAGUGGGCAGCAGACCCCCAGUGAAGCUGUCCCAAAACAGCCCGAGACAUCAGGCACUCUGAGGCCUGUUUCAGUGGGCUCCAGGAAGAUCUCUGGCAGUACUUCGCCGAGCCCGAGUGAGUCUGGAGGAGUCCUUUGCCUCAGCCCCGGUGCCGACACGCUGCCACUGCCCCCAGCUGGAACGGAGAGAGAGACAAAUGAAGAAAACGGGGCAGUCCCUUCGAGCAAUUCUCCAGCGCGCCGUGAUUCACAGAAUCCAUUGACCGACCUGCAAGCUUGCGCCGCGGAAACCAGCGAAGGGACGCGGCCCACUUCUCCCGAAAGCUUCUCACACGCAAGAUAAAAAGCGCUGUGAACCAAAUAAAAACGUCUGCAUUUUGACA